CCUGGGAGCAGGACUGGCAUCAGAGGGCUGUGGGGAUGGCUUAGAAUGCCAGAGAGGUGGAUGCAUGGAAAGGCUUUGAGGCAGAGGGAAAGAGGUCUGUGCCAGGAGGCGGCAAGUCUUGUAAUUGUCAUGAGCCUCAAUGUCCCCAUCAGCAAAGAAGAAAAAGUGCGUGUUGUCAGCCACCCACAGUUGUCUCUAUCUGAAAGUGGCUUGGAAGAUUGGCUACCAUCAGGGUGCAAGGAAUCAUUAGCAGGGAGGCCAAGUUUGGGGAGCCUGAGGGGAGCAGUGGAUCAAGAGGAGGGUUUUUUUUUUGAGAAUGCAGAGGGUUUUUUUGAGAAUCAUUAGCAGGGAGGCCAAGUCUGGGGAGCCCGAGAGGAGCUGUGUACCAAGAGGAGGGUGUUUUUGAGAAUCCAGAGGCCCUUAUUGUCUGCUUCCUUUCUCAGCUGAAUCCCCACCCCUGGAGCCCCCAGCAGGGGGCGCAGCCCUCAUGUGAAGCGGCACUUCUGAGGGGACCUGUGAGCCAGAGCCCUGCUUUGAUGGCUGUGGAUGAGAGGGGAUGAUUUUUCUAAUCUGCCUCCAUCCUUCCCAGUGCCGUGGGAGGCAGACACCAAGUUCUGCGGUCUCCAGCUGCAGUGGGUGGCGUGAUUGCUUCUCUCUGUCCAGAACAGUGAGAAUAUGGAGAUCAACAACGCACUUUAGUCUGAGCAGCAUGUCAAGGAGGAGCUGCAGGAGAAGCUGGGCGAGCUGUAGGAGAUGGUAGCCCUUGCUGAUUAUGCCACUGCAAGGGAGAAGGGAAGGGAGAAGAGAGAGGCAGCUACAUUGUACAUUGCCCAGACUACUACUUCCUCAUCACUGUCCUCUGCCCAGGAGGGGCCCAGUUAGGGUCACUCUGUGGCACAGACUGGCCUUCUGGAAGAACAGUGCCUUUCUCUUCCCUGACUUUGGUACACCUUCCUCCAGCCUGCUGUGGCUGCCACAGGUCAGAACCUGCUGCUGUCUUUUGCUGAACUCCAGGGGGAGCGAGGUCCUCAUGUAUUCAUGAAGGAGGCCGGGCAGCCCCUGCUUUGAGCUUCGGCCAUUCAAAAUGCUGCCUAGCAGCCCAAGGCCUGGGCAAACCAUAUCCACACCCCCGAGUGGCUCCAAGCAUGCGUGACUGUCACUGUCAUUGCGUAAGCAUCUGUCAUACCUGUUCCACACUCUUGUGUCCAAGCCACUGAGGCACCUUCUCUCCUGCAUGGCCCCCUAAUGCCCUGCUUUGUUCUGUGACAGAUGCCAAAGACAAUGCUGCGUCUGUCUAGCCACCUGCCAAUGACACCGUGUUACCUGGUGGUGUCCCUUGCCCUGGUGCCAGUCUUGCUAGCAUAGCGGCACCUCAGGUUCAUGCCUCCUCCUCCUCUGCCCACUGCCCUCCUGUACCUACUAUGGAUUCUCUUCUCUUUUCACAAGUAGUUUGUUCCCUAGGGCCAGGUGCCCUUCCUGGGGACUGGGCUGGGGGAAGGCUGAGACUGGGCUUUUCCUUGAGGUUUGGGGAGAUAGAAUAUUGUUGGAAUGAGCUUGAGAACUUGGCUCACCUGUCCUCGGUGAUUCUUACAGAAAUUGAAUGACCAUCUCAUAUGUUUCUUCCCACACAGAAUCAUCAUGCCAGCCCCAAUCUCAUGGAUGAAAGCAAGUGAGUGUCUCUUAUCAGGGCAGCAGUCUCUAGGCUGAGGGAGUCAGGGAGGCCACUGUCUAACACCUUCUUUCCCAUUGAGCCACCUGCACCCCUGAUGCCUGUGUCUCUGCCCUUAGGACCUUCUCAUUAACCGAGAGCCUGCAACAACUCUCCCAACAGCUCAAUGGCGUUGUUUUUGAGGAACUUCAGAAAUUGAGGGGAGUGCGGGGGAAAGGAAAGUAUGAUAGAAAGAAACUGAGGCAGGAAUCACCAGAGAGAGGAAAGAUCCUGGGACCGGCCGAUUUGCUGGGCCAUGUUGAGGAAGUUGCCUCUUCCCUGAGGCUUCUUCCUUGAGGCUGUUCACAUGAAGGAGUUGUACCCCGUGGCUGGUUACAUCAUUUUAUCCUACUGUAGAAACACCAGAUGAGAGCUGCUUGGGAGGGAGGGAUGGUGGGGAGUUAAAAGCCAUGAGAGAAGUUGGCACAAAGAGGUUACAGGAUGAAGGGUCCAAGUUUGGCAAAAAAGAAAAUGUUGCCAGUUGCUGGGGAAGAAAGGAAGUCAGAGGGCUUAGACAUGGAGGGGACAGAAGAUUUCCAUGCGCACUCUCAUCUCUUGUAGUCAGCAACAGGUAUCUGUGCGGAGGGCUCUGGAUCAUCCGCUACCCUGAAGGAUCUGGAAGUAAGAGGCCCUGGGCCAUGACCCAGUGACCCUGCAGGCCAGCCCUCCAACCUCCUCCCACAGUGGGGGCUGGGUGCCCCUCUGCCAGCUGAGACCACUCACACCCUCCCCCCAACCCUAAUGAUUGCUCUCUCUACCUCUCCCCUCAAUCCUCCUCCAACUCCUCCUCUCUUCACGUGCCUCAGAGCAGAUACCAAGAGGUAACAGUCGCCCUGGACUCGAGUUAUAUAACAAUCAGUCGACUGAAUAAAACCAUCGAGUCAUUGGAAAAGCAAGAAAGCCAGCAAAACCGGGGAGCCCUAAAGAGGCAAUUACAGGUGAGUGGAGGGUGUGAAGUUCCCUCCUGUCCUAUGGAGAAUGUUGCUUUCCUCCUCUUUCAGCAUUUGCUUGGCUUUUCUCCUAAAGGUUCAAUUCAGAUAAUUAGAAUCUUGAUGUUUGAGAAAGCAGAAUUGAAGACAGCACUGUAUCACACUGAACGUGCUGCCAGGCAGUUUGAAGAAGAGGCCGAGGAUCUGGCCAGCCAUCUGCUGUAUUCCUGGCAGCAUGUGGGAGAGUUGGAGCAGGAGCAGAGGAAGGCAGAUAGGUACAACAACCAGUUAACCAGAGACAGCGAUGCCCUCAGGCUGGAGUUACACAAUAACAGCAACAGCAAUAAGGAGCUGAAGCAGGAGAACUCAGCUUUGGCAGAGCAGCUUCAAGUUGUACUGAUUGACAAGGCAGGGAUGCAGUGUGACUUGGAGGAGCUGAAAAAGAAACUGGAACUCACUGAGCUCACGCUUCAACAGUUAUCUAGCUGGUGUGAAGCCCCUGAUGCUAACCAGCAGUUACAGCAGCCCACAGACGAAUGGGCACAGCUGGAAGCACACCUGGGGCAGGUGAUGGAGUGGCUGAAGUAUCUGCAAAUGGAGAGAGAGCAGUAUGCCGAGUAUCUGCAUGGAGAGAGUGCCAUGUGGUGGCAGAGGAUGCGGGAGAUGUCAGAGCAGGUGCACACGUUGAGGGAGGAGACGGCGCAUAGCAUGAGUCUAGUACAGGAGCUGGAGACGAUCUUGGCUGAACUAAGGAACCAGAUGGCUGAACCCCUGCCCCCGGAGCCUCCAGCAGGGCCCUCCGAAGUGGAGCAGAAGCUACAAGCAGAGGCUGAGCACCUGUGGAAGGAGCUGGAGAAUCUGGCAGGACAGCUUCAAGCCCAAGUGGAAGAAAAUGAGGGCUUGAGUCACCUGAACCAGGAGCAGGAAGAGGUUGCUCAGGAUGUUGGAGCAAGAGGAGAAGUUGCUGAAGCAAGAGGAGAGGUUGCUGGAGCAAGAGGAGAGGUUGCUGGAGCUGCAGGAGAGGCUGCUAGAGCAGAAGCGGAAGGCCGCUUCCUUUCUCAGCUGAACCCCUACUCCCGGAGCCCCCAGCAGGGCCCUCCGAGGUGGAGCAGCAGCUACAAGCAGAGGCUGAACACCUGCGGAAGGAGCUGGAGAAUCGUGGAGCUGAAGAACCAAGAGGCUCAGAGCCUGCCGCAGCGGGGAGACCAGUGCCGAGGUCUCCUGCAGCAGUACUAUCAGCAGCUGAUCUCUGAGGAGGAGGCACUGCACAGGCAGUUAUUUCUGCAGAUCCAGCUCGUGGACCAGCUGCAGCACCAGAGAAAAGAAAUGCGCACCUCCUGCCCGCAGGUGGCAUUUUAAAACUUGGCUUUAGCCAGUGCCGAAGAGGAGCAGGCACAGCUACAUGGGCAGCUGAAGGAGCAAAGGGUGCACUGCCAGUGCCUGUCUUACCCAGUGGCCUUGGCCCAGAAGGAGCCAGAGGCAGCAGCCUCAGCCCCAGGGACUGGGGGCGAUUCGUGUGGGGAGACCCACCGGGCCUUGCAGGGGACCAUGGGGAAGCUGCAGAGCCGCUUUAUGGAGCUCAUGCAGGAGAAGGAGCGGGUGGAGAAACUGGAAUGUCGCUGCAUUCAGCUGUCUGGACAAACAGACACCAUCAGAAAGUACAUCACAUCAUACCAGAGCCAGAGGUCAGUGCUGAAGAUGGACCGGGAGAAUGAGUACAUAAGCAGGCUGGCUCAGGACAAGGAGGAGAUGAAGGUGAAGCUGCUGGAGCUGGUGUUGCAGCUUGUGGGCGACUGCAACAAGUGGCAUGGCAGAUUCCUGGCAGCUGCCCAGAACCCUGCUGAUGAGCCUGCUCCAUGGGACCCAGCCCCCCAGGAGAUUGGGGCUGCCAACAAGCAGGGUGAUCUCCCACAGUGUGGAGCCUGAACAAGAAGAGGCUGGGGAGGGUUUUCCCCACAACAGCCCCACCGCACAGCAGAUCAUGCGGCUGCUUCAUGAGAUGCAGAACCCCCAGGAGCGCCCAGGCUUGGGCAGCAACCCCUGCAUCCCCAUUUUUCACUGAGCUCAGGACAGCAAGAUGAAAGUAACAAUCAUCUAAAAGCCAGCCACUGUCAGCAAAGCCUGGAGAAAUGGGACCAGAGAGUCUGCCCCUACCACGUCCCUGCCACCCCUUCCCAGUUACCCCUUUACUCUUACAGUAGCAAAAUAAGACCCCUAUCUAAUGAGGGAGACAGGUGCAGAUGAGGUGAAGAUCACUGUCAUCUAAAAGCAGGCCACCAAAUUAAAAAAAAAAAAGUUAUGGGAUUAAAAAAAAGUUAUGGGAAAAAAUUUAUGGGAUUAAAAAAAGUUAUGGGAUUAAAGAAAUUAUGAAAAAAGCUGUAGGUAAAAUGUUAUGAAAAAAGUUAGUUAUGGAAAAAAGUUAAGGAAAAAAGUUAUGGAAAAGUUAUAGAAAAAAAGUUAUGGGAUUAAAAAAUAGUCAUGGGUAAAAAUUUAAAAAAUAAAAAAUAAUAAAAACAGGCCACCGUCAGCAAAGCCUGGAGAAGUGGGGUUGGAGGCUGUGCCCCUAUCAUGUCCCUAGCACCCCUUCCCAGUCACCCUUUUACCCUUAGAGUAGCAAGACAAGCCGCCUGUCUAAUGGGUUGAGACAAACAAGUGCAGACCCUUUGCCGCCUUGGCCAGGGCUGAGUCCUUAAAUUUCUGGAAGAUGAUUAUUGUUAUUUAAGAGCUAGAGGCUCAGAGUUUAUUUCUUUCGAGGAAGCCUCAUGGCCUCUCUGAUGGCGUUAAUCCCACUAAAGCGAUUUUUCCCUCAUGGGGGCACCCAUUUUACUCAGAGAGGCAGCUGAGGCAGGACAAUGGAGCUAAUGUAGACCAGGCGAGGGCACGAGCUGCUGGAGGUGGGUCCCCUUCCCCAGUGUACAUAUUGUAUCUGUGUAACAUUUUGUAUAUUCUGGGGGUAGGGCUGCCCCCUGUAUCAUACAUAGCAGAGGUUGGAGUUGGCACAUGGGGAGGAGGUUCUAAUAAUUAUUUGUGGCUGGGAAACUUAUUUGAUAGCAUAUGACAGAGGAAGGAGGCAGGGAUGGGGUUAUGGCUCCCUGGUGAUGAGACUCCUGUUUAUUUUGCUUUUCAUUUUGGAAUAAAUAGCUUUUAGCCAUACUGCUCAUCCUGGUGUGUUCCUAUUUCCUUCACUGGCUCCUGGAGUUUGUGCCACUGAAUGGGGAGCCCCAUAGUGUCUGAGCAUGUCCAACUGGGCUGAUGGGGACCUUCCAGGCCUGUUUCCUGGAUGCUGCCUGGUGACACCUGGGGGAUUCCACGGGGACUGCCGUGGUGCCUAUGGGGCACAGUCCAGCCCUGACAGCCAACAGGCUCAGAAUCCUGAUCUAGCGGUGGCCGGGAAGGCAGGUACCAGCACCCAAGGGCACUGACUUCCAUCCAGCCCAGGCAUCUUCCAUUCCAUCCUCCUGCCUCCCUUGCCUGUCUGCACCUGGUGGCCUGUUCUGUCUGUCCCUCCAGAGUGCCAGCUGCCCCGCAGGCUUCCUCCAGGCUGAGUUCAUGGCCCUGUGCCCUAGUGGCCAGAACCGGCUUCAUAGGAUGAGCCAGCUAAGCUCCAGGGGCUUUCCAGGAAAAGUGUCCUUUGGAAAGGAUGUGGCCUUUUCACUGCUCCCAACAGCACCCUAGUAAUGGCUUGGCCCUUUCCCUCCCCUGAGCUCCACUGAAAACACAGCUAGCAGAGGACACAUUUCCCAUCAUUCAGGAUGGGUUUGAUUCUCAGUCGAGAGACAGCAGGACUGGUAGAGACUAUCAGGCCACAUGGCUGCCUACACAGUACACCCAUGCUUGGCGGGGGACUGAAGUGAUGGCGGGGGCUGGCUGUCCACAGGCCGGGCAUGACAGGGAGGCUCACUGGAGGUGGCACACUUUGGAGGGGCAACAUUCCUGUUGGCUACUGAAAUCUUCCUUUGGGCAGUAAGUUGAAUGUCAAAAUGAGGAACCAUGGGUCAUUUUACCUUGAUGUGAUAUACCUGGCUCCUUGCCAAAGGAUACCUUACUUUUGGUUUUGCUAAGGGAAGAGGAGACAAAACAUGAAGGCACUUGUUGACUAAAAGGAAGUCUUAAAAAAUACUUCAGCAUUGAAAAGAGAAAUGGAAAAGCUAGAAAAUAAACCGUACUUCACAGAAGCUCAAGAGAAAAAGUUCCCUCUUUCCAUAUGGCCCACAGAUGCCAACAGUGGGAGAGGGUGGCAUGUUUAAAAACAGGCAGAAUAAGAACCUAUUCACAAGCCAGAGAUUUGGAAGUGACAUCAGCUACCCCACUCCAGAUAUAGGGGAAAGUACAGAUCCUUGGAAACCCUAGACCUCACUCUAUGUUACUGGAUUCUCUUUUGAGCAGCAGCUUAGAAAGGCAAAGAUGGGGAUGAUUUUAAAUUUCACUUCCUAUGAGUUAUGCAGCUUCUUGCUAAGCAUGGCUGAGUUUAUUUGGGCAGGAGAGAUUAUGUGCAAAUCAAGGAACCUAAGAGGAGCCUACUCUGAAGAAUGCUGACAGCAUCAAAAGGCGUGGAGGAGGAGCUGGAAUAAAACAUCCAAACUCCAUAGACUCUAGGGCACAUCUUGGGAGAGGUUCCAAAUGUGGGCCCUAGUGAUGCCAUCUGCAGCAGAGAGAGCAAUUUCCAAAGGAGAUGUGAUGAGGAACCAUAAUUUGAUGGUGAAAUAUCUUAUAUCAAAUUUUGAUAAUAGUACAUAACUCUGUGUGUGUUAAUUCCAUUAAUAUGUAUUAUUUCAGGAAAAGUGGAUAAAAUCUAAUGAUCUCUUCCACAAUAUGUGCAUAUAAGUGAGUGAGGAUGCCACAGCUGCCUACCUAGCAAUCCUAAAUUAUCCAACUAGCACUCAGGGGAGCCAUAAACUUUAAGGGUCUAUAUGUUUAGCCACAACUCAGGUCGCUGGGCUCCCUAGCCCAAGUAUAGUUUCAGCCAAUCUGGCAGCCGUGGACCCAAAUUUGGGGUGAUCAAAAUCAGUCUUCCUCUGAUAUAUACACAGAAUGCCCCGCCCACCCCAGCCUGGCACCCAACUACAGCCCAACUUACAAGUUAAUUGUCAUGAUCCCUGCCCUUUGGAGAGCAUCACAUAAUUCACAAGCAGCGGAUGAAGAGCGGGGAGUUGGUUUCAUUCAUCUUUUUCCUCUUUAUUUCUAGCCUAGUGCAUGGUGUGGUCAGGCUCUGAACACUUAUUAUGGAAUAAAGGAGAAAGGGGAGAAGAGGGAGAGAGUUGGAAGACAGCUAAAAUAUGCUUGUGUAUAUGCUUGUGUCUAAACAAUGAAAAGGAGAGAGAAUACUGCAAGAUGACUCCCCUCUUGAAGCACUCUUACUAACCUCAUGUCUGUUUCUUUCCUUACUCUUGCCCUUAUCCUUCUUCCAGCGACCCAUUCUGUCUCCACUUUUGAUGUCACUAAUCUCUUCCUGUUUGGGGCCUUAUUUCUACCCCUAUUUGCUUGCAAGACUAUCUACCUUUCUUUUUCUCAUUCUCUGCAUAUCUCACCUGUUUCUCUGAUUUUUACAAAUUUGAUCUCUUAUUCUGUCAUCUGAUAAACUUUUUCUUUUAAGUAGGAAUGGCAGGGCCUCAGGAGAGCCAAUGGGUAAAAGAGUAGCUAAGAGAAAGAGCAUCAUCUAGUGUUUCCCACAGGGGCAGGGCCCAUUCAUCCCUCCUCUCCAUGCUUUGUCCCAGUAGGUCAGAAGUGGUCAGUCAAGGGUGUCCUAUCUCAUCUCUCUCUGGGCUCCUUUGAGUUGUCCUCCUGACCUACUACCUACUGUUACCAUCAACGAAAGCUAACCCUUUCAGGCACUACCCAGUUUCUGUUGUUAACUGAUCUACCUCAAAGAGGCAGCCCCAGGCCCUAAUUUUGAACAGCAGUGAAGACCUACAUUCUACAAAAGCCAAGAGAACUCCAUGUUUUUCCCACAGUUCGCUUCCCCAGAAACUGACACCUGAGAACUCCAUAUACCCAAACCUAGUCUUGGUUCGGAGGUUUCUAGGCAACUUCCUAACACAUGCACAGAGGCUACCUUUAAGGGGUGAAUCCUAGUUUCAGCUCCCAAGUCCAGCUUCACCCUAAGAUCAGCUCCACUAACUCUAAAGAACCUUAUGGUAUAGGAGCUAUUUCUCACUCAUCUUAGCAUCGCAGCAUUGGGGAAUGUCUGGCCACCAUGGGUUCUCUGUUUGAAUAAUAAAAUAACUUCCCUAAGGCAUUACAAUUUAAGUUUAUUUUCUAAAGCAUUAUAAUACAUAGAAAAGUUUAGGGAAAAAGCAGUUGCUUCCUGUACGGAAUGAAUCUAUUGGUGUCAUAUCUAAGAAAAACCAUUGUCAAAUCGAAAGUCAUGAAGAUUUACCUCUAUGUUUUCUUCUAAAAGUUUUAUGGUUUUAGCUCUUAUAUUUAGAUCAUUGAUCCAUUUUGAGUUCAUUGUGUAUAUAGUGUAAGGUAAGAGUUCAACUUCAUUCUUUUGCAUGUGGCUAUCUAGUUGUCCAAGCACCAUUUGUUGAAAAUACUAUUCUUUCAAAUGGUCUUGGUAUCCUUGUUGAAUGAAAAUCAAUUGACCCUGCUUGUAUGGCUUUCAUCCUGGACUCUCAAUUCUGUUCCAUUGAUUUAUAUGUCAAUCUUGUGCUAGUACCACACUGUUUUGAUUACUGUGGCUUUGUAGUAAGUUUGAAAUCAGGAAGUGUUUGAAUUCCACUUUUAUUCCUCUUUUUCAAGGUUUGUUGGCUAUUUGAGGCCCCUUUGCAAUUCCGUAUGAAUUUUGGGAUGAGCUUUUCUAUUUCUGCAAAAAAGAUCAUUGAUAGGGAUUGCAUUGAAUUUUAUUUGUGGAUUCUUUAGGAUUUAAAAAAUAUAUAUUGGUCAUUAUUUCUAUCUUAAAAGUAUUAAGUCUUCCAGUCCAUAAAUAUGGAAUGUUUUUCCAUUUAUUGGUGUCUUUAAUUUCUUUUAGCAAUGUUUUGCAGUUUUCUGUGUAUAAAUCUUGCACUGCAUUGGUUAAAUUUAUUCCUAAGUAUUUUAUUAUUUUUGAUGCUAUUACAAAUGAAAUUCUUUUCUUAAUUUUCUUUUUGGGUUGUCCAUUGCUAGUGUAUAGAAAUAUAACUGAUUUUCUGCCUUGUACCCUAACUCUGCUGAGUUAAUUUGUUAGCUCUAAUAAUUUUAUUUGUAGAUUCUUUAGGAUUUUUAUAUGUAUAUAUAUGGAAUCAUGUCAUCUGUGAAUGGUUUUACUUCUUCCUUUUCAAUUUGGAUGCACUCUCUUUUUCUUGUCUAAUUGCUCUGGCUAGAAGUUCUAGUAUGAUGUUGAAUAGCACUGGUGAAAAUGGGCAUCCUUGUCUUAUUCCUGAUCUUAGAAAAAAUUUCAGUCUUUUACUACUGAGUAUGAUGUUAACUGUGAUUUUUAAAAAAUAAAUACCCUUUUAUUAUGUUGAGGAAGUUCCCUUCUACUAGUCAUAGUUUUCUGAGUGUUUUUAUCACUAAAGCAUGUUGGAGCUUGUCAAAUGCUUUUCCUGCAUCAUUUGAAAUGAUCAUGUGAGGCCAGGCACGGUGGCUCAUGCCUAUAAUCCCACCAUUUUGGGAGGCCAAAGCAGGUGAAUUGCCUGAGCUCAGGAGUUUGAGACUGGCCUGGCCAACAUGGCAAAACCCCAUCUCUACUAAAAGUACAAAAAUUAGCUGGGCGUGGUGGUGCGCGCCUGUAGUCCUAACUACUUGGGAGGCUGAGGCAGGAGAAUUGCUUGAACCCAGGAGGCAGAGGUUGCAGUGAGCCAAGAUCACACCACUGCACUCCAGUCUGGGUGACAGAAUGAGACCCUGUUUCAAAGAAAACAAACAAAACAAGAUCACGCAGACUUUUUCUCUUCAUUCUAUUAAUGUGGUAUAUUAUAUUAUUACAUUGAUUGAUUUUUGUAUGUUGAACCACUCUUGCAUUCCUAGAAUAAAUCUCUAAAUUCUGUUAUUAUGCUUUACUGUCCCUUCUUUUACAUAUUUUCUCCUGUCAUAUUUAUUUCCUGCUAUAUGUGUACAUAUUAUCUAUGCAUUCGUCUUUUUCCACACUUGUCACUCUUAGUUACUAUUUUGUCUCUCUUUUAUUGCUUGCAUGUUUGGCUAAUUUUCCUAAAUAAGCACAUUAUAUUUCACUGUCACAGGCAGACUAGAACCAACUCAGCAAUGGAGGGCAGAAGGACUCAAGGAAAAGGGUAGUUAACCAAUUACAGAGGCAGAACACACUAGCUUAAGUCAAGAUGAGGUUGCAAUGUCUAUUUGUCCCAUGCCACAAUAUCUGUGGAUCAAGAAUACUGACCUCCCUGGACUCUUGUCAGAUUCUGCCCUAGAGAAUAGGGAAAAGAGCUACCAUCCUUAGGGGCUUGUUAUGAACUAUUGAGAGGCUCCUUGACCAAUGGGAACAUGUCUCUGUGACAGCAUUUUGGGAAUUUAAGGAGCAUCAGGAAAGCCUCACUUUGUUAAAGAGGUAAGUAAACUAAACCCUGCUAAUAAUGCAUUUGAGUAUAUCAGCUUCAUUUCCUUAGGUGAAGAGCCUGGACCUUCUUAAACAUUAAACACUCUAGGAUAUAAAUGGUCAGAUCUUUUAUCUCUACAUGAGUAAGUUGUGAGAAGAAGGAGAGAAAGAAGAGGAAGGUCAGAGGUACAGGGGAAGAGGUUCUUUAAAAAGGGCAAAACAUGCACAAAAUAUGGGCCAAGGGAGCUAUAAACAAACUUCCGCAUUGUACAAAUGAGCCCAGGGUGAAUUCUGGGAGGGGGAUCCAAGCAAACAGUGAAUUUGCCUUCUACAAUUAGGAUGCAAAUUCCCCUUAAAAAAGGUGGAUGCUCAGACAUACCUAGCACAAGUCACAAGACAUAGGAUUCAGAAAAGACACUAGAAAAAUCUCUCUUCCAAAUGAUGUUUAGUUUUCCGGUUCUGGCUAUGCUACACUAAGGCUUUCCCAGUUUCCAUCAGCAGGGGAAGGAGUAUAGGGCAUUUUUGGGAAUCUAAAUUUCUGAAUGUGCAGCCCCCAGCUCUAAACCUUUCAACAUAAACCCAUCAAGGAGUGUGUUUCUGGUCCCAAUCCUGGAUCCCACAGAUUUGACUGCUAUGAGGUCUCCCUGUCCCUUACUAUUUUCCCCUAAAAUCUGAUUUUGGUCUUACCACAAACUCUUGAAUUCUCAUAAGAUAAAUAUAUCUAGGGAAAUUCUAACUCCUAAACCUAAACAAAAUAACUGUAAAAAAUACCAGAAGAAUCGUAUUUCAAUCAAGUUUUUACAUUUUAAAUUGCUAUAAUGUAUUUAUUUUUUAUUUUUUAACUUUGAAGUUCAAGGGUACAUGUGCAUGUUUGUUACAUAGGUAAACUUGUGUUGUGGGGGUUUGUUGUACAGAUUUUUUUUUUUUUUGUCAGUCAGGUAUUAAGCCUAGAACCCAUAUACCCAUAUUCCUGAUCCUCUCCCUCCUCCCACCCCAACCCUCCGAUAGGCUUCAGUAUGUGUUGUUCUUCUGUGUGUGUCCAUGUGUUUUCAUCUUUUAGCUCCCACUUGUGAGAACAUGUGGUGUUAGGUUUUCUGUUCCUGUAUUAGUUUGCUAAGGAUAAUGGCCUCCAGCUCCAUCCAUGUUCGUGCAAAGGACAUGAUCUCAUUCUUUUUUAUGGCUGCAUAGUAUUCCAUGGUGUAUAUAUAUGUACCACGUUUUCUUGAUUUAGUCUAUCACUGGUGGGCAUUUAGGUUGAUUCCAUAUCUUUGCUAUUCUGAAUAGUGCUGCAAUGAACAUACGUGUGCAUGUAUCUUUAUAACAGAACAAUUUAGAGUCCUCUGGGUAUAUAUCCAGUGAUGGCAUUGCUGGAUCAAAUGUUAUAUCUGUCUUUAGGUCUUUGAGGAAUUGCCACACUGUCUUUCACAAUGGUUGAACUAAUUUACGCUCCCAACAACAGUGUAUAAGCAUUCUUUUCUCUACAACCUUUCCAGCAUCUCUUAUUUUUUUACUUUUUUGUAAUAGCCAUUGAAUUGCCUUUAACUCCUAAUUUCCAGCCAUUCCUUGUCUGAUUUUAGGCGACAGAGCUGCUGACAAUUAGAUCUGCCCCAAGGAUGACUCCAGCGAUAAAUGCCAUGAUGGCUCCAUCUUUGCCCAGCCCUUUUGCCAACCAGGAGAAUGAACAUUCAUCCCUCCAGGGAGAGGUAGGGAAACCAAUAGGAAUCCCACUCCAUCAGUGUGAUCUUCAGGUGGGAAGCAGAAUGGCUGAGUCCCUGGACUGCAGGUGGAAGCUCACCUCCAGAGCUCAUCGUGGGGGAAUAGCCUAGCCUUAAAAAAACUAUUCAUAUCGUUUUCAAGCUUGUUUAAUAUCAGUAUGAUUCUAGAUCCUUCUGGAUGAUUGAUAUUGGAGAUGCAGUAGAAAGGGAUAGCCCUGAGUACCCAAGAGGUGGGAAGAGGGCACUGCAAGAAUACAAUCCCCCAUUUCACAAGCUGAUCUUCUGAUUUGUAUUGACUGAUUGAUUGUUUGAAAUGGGGUCUUGCUCUGUCACCCAGGCUGGAGUGCAGUGGCACAAUCAUAGCUCAUUAGAGUCUCAACCCCCUGGGCUCAAGCAAUCCUUUUGUGUCAGCCUCCCAAGUCCCCAGGCUGCUCUCAAAGUCCUGAGGUGAAGCAGUCCUCCCACCUCAGCCUCCCAAAGUUCUAGGAUAACAGGUGUGAGCCACCGAGCCCAGCCCUAACCUACUGAGGACACUGAGAGGAGGCUCCCAGUCAUGCAGGGCAGAAGCUACCAACCAGAGGAAUCCCACCCUAAGGCAGCCAGGUCCAAGACCUGUUUCUAUCAGGCCAUGGAGAGGCUGUGAGUUUAGGAGUAGGGGUGAGGUUGAGGGGUGUCAGGUUUCAGAAGUAACUCUAGGAACUUUCUCCAUUUUAAGUCAGCUUGGGAGCAUUUCUGUUCAUUUCCCUACAGCAAAGCCACUCAGCAUCACCUACACUGUUUCAGGUCACUUAAAUGGUGCCCAAGGCCAGAGGUGGAUUUUAACUUUUUAGCUGGAUUGGAAAGGAAGGCUAGUUGGGAGCACAUCAGCUAGGACUCACCAGAAGCAACUUGUGCAGAGAAGAGUUAACAUAGUAGGCCUGAGACUGCUAUCCUUGAAAAGGAUACCUUGGCUGGUAUCUGGGAACUUGGGUUUAGGGUUCCACACUUUUGGGGGUGGAGCUGAGUGGGAGAGAAGAAGGAGAAAACAAUUUUCUAUUAUUUGGUCCCAAUAUAUCCUUGUCUCUUUCCAUUUCUGCUCCUUUCAGACACAUCCCUCAAACUACUUUUCUCAUAUCUCAUUUUUCUUCUCUCAGAAUUAUAGAAAGAGAUUUUUUCUAAAGAAGCUCACCAACUAUACCAGAGAUGCCUAUAUUGUCUGUUUGAAUGACUAUAUUGGGCUAUAUUGUCUGUUUGAAUGACUAUAUUGGGCUAUAUUUUGUCUGAAUGACUAUCUUCCAGUUGAUAGCAGUGCUCUUCUUGUCUGCUCAUUUCUGAUACUGUGAGUUUUGAUUUGUGUCUUCACUGCCUUCUUUUCAUCUCUUUUUCAGAUUCAUUUCUUCCCUUUCCCUCUGCUAUGGUAUCAAUCUACAUUUUUUGUUUGUUCUGAAGCUGUUCUUGAAUCUGCUUCUGUAUUUGUCUCUGACAUAAUCUCAGCACUUGAAUGUUUGUGUGUCUUCCUUUCACAGCUAAAUGCAUUCAAAGAAAUCUUUUCUAGGGAGGCCUGGAGAAAGAAGCCAUCUGAGUACAUGAGCAGAACUACUUCAAUCAUCUAUUUGUGAUCAAAGAACAACUUGUUGUUGUUGUUGUUGUUGGGCCCCAGUGGGUCACAAAUGAUUAGAUAGUACUCGUGUUUGUCAAAAUCUGCGCCCUGACCUGGCUGCCUGCAGGCUCUCCUAGAUUCUAACAUCUUUCAACAAAAAACUAUCAAGAAGUGGUUUCAAUACAUAUGUGGAGAAAACACAAAUAAAAGACUACAAUAACAAAAAAAACAAAAAAUUUUAAAAACUAGAAAAAAAUGGUUUCAAGCCCCACAGCUGACCACCACUAAGAGUCAAUAUUUCCAAAGCCCACUAUCUUGAUCAAAUACUUGGAAGCUCCCUGGCCUCUCCUUUUUGACCAGUCUCUUUGGGUCUAGGUAGCUGAGACAAAGCCAAUGGUAUUAAAACAAAGCAACAUUGACCUUCCUCCCCACCUCCUACUCUUGCUACAAAGGCAGAGCCCAGUACCCUAAUACACACAUGCGACUGACUCAGCCCCAAAAGGUUGUCCAUCACUCCUGGCUGUGUUCCCAGGGCUUCAGACAGGGCUGCAAGGCUUCCUGGGAGGGUUUCUCCAAGGAUUUCAGCAGGGGCUCCAAGACUUCCUUUUAGAGGUUUUAGAUAGGUUAUGUUAAGAUUUCAAGGAGUCCCUUGCAGGAACUAUGGGACUUAUCAAGGUUUUCCAAAUUUCCACUUAUGGGCCCUAGUGGAGGCCAUAGAUUUAUUCUGCAGACUUUUAGAUAUUUUGAGCAGCAGCUUCUAGCACUGUCUUCUUCUUCAAGGUCUCAGGGAGUAGCUGAUCAUUAUUAAUCAGGGAGGCUUCUAGAGGAUCCUCUCAGCAUAUGCUUUCCUCAGCCACCUCUUUUCAUUCAGUCAUUCAGCAGACAUUUAAAGAGUACUAUAUUCUAGACAUUGAGCUGGGUCAAACUUAUGCCACAUAGCAUCAGCCACAAAGAGCUCUCCGACAUGGCUUUUCCCAGGACUCUCCUGCUGGAGGGGGCUGCCACCAUCUGUUGCGUUCUUCACCUCCCACAAGGCCCCUCAUCCAUAAGCCUUGCUUCCCUGCCAGGUGGAACAGCUCAGGGUUCAUCUUUCAGUUCUGUGGCUGCGCAGCAGUUAGUCUUAUAGUCCCCAGUGGCAAUUUUAUUCCAAGCUCUUUCAAGAAGUUUACUAAAACCCACUGUGGAGCGGCACUAGGAGAGCAAAUCUCUGUCAACCCACCAGUGACAAUUCUCAGGCCCUCUGGCUCUUGUUUGGCUACACUCUGAGGCAACAGUAGGGACCCUCAAAGAUCAAGAGUCUGAAAAGGUCUUUUAGCCCUAAUGCCAAUCCCACCCAGCCACACUUUGCUAACACAGUAGUCACACUUUCCAAGACUUUUCAAAUUUAUUUCUGGGAAUCAAAUUCCACAAGCCACAACUAAAUGGGAAUAACUUCUUUAAUGAAACACACCUGGAGUGGGUUUGUCACUCUCUAAUAGGUCAGAGAAGCCCUGAUGGGGCCUUUGAAAGUAUAUGACAUCACAGUGGGUACCAGGAGAGGCCAUGCCUGGAAAAAGGAGCAAUAAUAAUAACAGCUAUAUUGAUAGCUGUGCAACAGAUAACUAUUGAAGCAGUCUACAAAUAUGGAACUCUUUUUACCUGACCAACAUCUCUAUGAGGUAGGUACUAUUGUUUCAUCCUCACUUUACACUUAAGAAACUGAGAAACUGAGAUUGUAAGUAACUUGUUCAGUGUCACAUAGCUGGUAUAAUAGCAAGACUUGAACCCUGGCAGUCUGGCCAGAGACUCUGAGCUCUAAUGCCUGCACCUCUCCAAGGUGACUGGAAAUGUCUCUUACAAUACUUCCAUUUCCCGUCAGCUUUCUUUUUUUAAUUCCUUUCAAAUUUUCUUCCAUGGUAUUGGUUCAGCUACUGAAGACCACUUUUGGUCCUGGAGAGAGGGGACAGGAGGGCUUAUUGUUUCUUCCCUCAAUGUUCCUGAAACAAAAUUUUCUCUCUACUUUUCCACCCCUGGCCCAUUUAGUCAACCCUUCUGACUGGGACUUAUUCUGUUUCCCCCUCUGAAAACAUGAACCUUUGCAGACGUCUUUCUUCCCUUCUCUUGAAGCUGACAAUGGAGGGAGAGGACUGGUCUGCCAAGAGAGCCAACCCUAAGGUCAGAGAAGAGAAGAGAGUUAGGGCCAUGGGCCGGGUUCUGAGAGGACCUAAUCAGUUCCAAGCACCUUAAAGUCCAAGCUGGGAAGUUUAUAUAUUCUUUUAAAGAAAAAUGUCUCCUUUAGUAGUGGUAGCCAAAGAAAAACUACAUUUUUGCCUGGCAGAAAUGAUAGCCUAUUAUCCCACCUGUAGUACCUGCUUGUUUAAUGAAUAGUUGAAUGUUGUCCAGCCAAUUCAUACGUCAUUGUCUCCUUGCAUGUUCCCCAAUCCUAGAGAGGGCUUGAGCCUUUGAUAUGCUUUGGAUGUUUUUCCUCCUCAUAUCUCAUAUUGAAAUGUGAUCCCCAAAGUUGGAUGUGUGGUCUAGCGGGAGGUGUUUGGGUCAUGGGGUCACUAUCCUCAUGAAUGGCUUGGUGCUGUCCUCCUGGUAAUGUGUGAGUUUCCACUCUGAGUUCACGUGAGAUCUGGAUGUUGAAAAGAGUCUGGCACCUCCUCCCUCUCUCUUGCUCACACUCUCACCACGUGAUAGGCUGCCUCCUCCUGUGCCUUCCACCAUGAGUAAAAGCUUCCUGAGGCUCUCACCAGAAGCAGAUGCUGGCAGCAUGAUUCUUGUACAGUCUGCAGAACUGUGAGCCAAAUAAACCUCUUUUCUCUAUAAAUUACCAAGUCUCGGUUAUUUCUUCAUAGCAACAAGAAUUGACUAACACAGCCCCGUACUUUUUCAUGAACUGACUAACACAGCCCUAUACUUUUUCAUGAACUGAAUAACACAGCCCUGUACUUUUUCAAGUUUCUAUUGAUGGCUUCACCACCACCAACUAGAGCCUCCAGCAGGGCUCACCCUGCCCUGGUCUCUCUUCUGGCAAAGUCAGCUUCUCAUAGCUGAUCCUGUACCAGUUCUCCAGGCAGUCAAAAGCUCAGAAUUACCCUCUCCAUUCUGCAUACAGCAGUGCCCAGGACAGUCCUGUGCUUUAAGCCCUUCUUCAUCCAGUAGCUCUCUUGAGGAACUUAUGCAACAUUGGUGAGAUAAGACUCUCACAGUAGUCUCUGUUUCCAUGAUUUUGUUAGCUAUUUUAGACAUUUACAUUAAAAUUCUAAGAUUAUUUUGUCUUAAUUUUGAAACAACAAACACAAAAGGGAUCCUUUAGAAGGUAUUUUUAAAUCUCCCACUGAAUUGCGUGUGUCAUAUAUAUAUAUAUAUAUAGAGAGAGAGAGAGAGAGAGAGAGAGAGAGACAGACAGAGAGACAGAGAGAGAGACAGAGACUGGGCCUUGCUCUGUCACCCAGGCUGGAGUGCAGUGGUGCAAUCACAGUUCACUACAACCUUGAACUACUGGGCUCAAGUGAUCUGUUCCACCCCAGCCUCCAAAGUAGCUAAUUUUUUUAAGUAAAAAAAAUUUUUUUUUUUUGUACAGACAGGAUCUCACUGCAUUGCCCAGGUUGGUCUUACAUGCCUGGCCUCAAGCGAUAUUCCAACCUCGGCUUCCCAAAGUGCUGGGAUUACAGGCGUGAGCAACCCUACCCGGCCUGAGUUGUGUUUUUAAAAUCAAGGUUCUCUUUGCAUGUCUAAUAGUUUUUGCUUAUUAAAACACAUAGGUGCUGGAUUGUGUAGUGUGUAUAUUUUUUACAUAAUUUAUUCAACGUAGCCUAAUAAAAUAAUACUACUACUAUUUCUGCGUGUGUGUGUGUGUGUGUGUGUGUGUGUAUUUGGCUUUGUCAACUACUUUAUUUUCAUCAACUGCUUUGGAAGCAUUUUGUUUUAAGUAUAUUUCUUGUUCAACAAUAUAUUAAAUAAUAUAUUAGAAAAAACAAAACCCAAUAAUGUAGUCUCUUUUAAUUGAAAAAUUCAGCCUACUCACAUUUCAUAAAAUAAUUGUUAUACUCCCUCUUAUUUUUUCAUCUUAUUUUAUGUUUACCAUUUAACUAUAUCCUUUUUUUUGCUUUUCCUUCUUUUCCAUUUAUUCUCCCCUGUGUCCCCUGUUGAUUUAGAAAUUCUACUCUAUUUUCCCAUUCUGCUCAUAAUUACCUCCCAGUUUGUAACACUCAUGAUCAGACACGUAUUCUUUACUAGUAAAUAAAAAGGCAUAUUCCUCUACAUGCCCCCCACCACAAACCCACAAAUUUCACAGUCGUCCCAGGGAGACACAUGUCUCAUGUUUAUACCCAGCUACUGAGGCACACCUGGUUGGGGGCAAACAAUCAUAGUGGGCUCAGACCUGAGAAUGAGACUCCAGGGGCCCAGAGUCCCUGUCUCCAUUGCUAGGCUAGCUCUGACAAUCCCCAGUUACUGACACUCAAAGCCCCACUUUUAAAGCUGGAGCUGUCUCUCUCAGACUUAAUGUACCUCUCAUCAAACCUCUCAGAAAAGGUCAGAUGGGGACAGAUUUGGGAGUGAAAGGAUAAAGGGCUGCCCCAGGGCAUGGGGGAGAAGGGUAUAAGAAAUAGUGAAAUGUGCCCAGGAGAAGUUGAGGGAUGACAUUUGACUGUGGGGCCACUCUUCCUGGUAGGAGUGUCCCUCAGCAGGUACAGAAGCUCUCCAGCGCCAAAGCCUGGUGAGGCGCUGUGUCCUAGACAUGCGUGGGAGAAGGGAAAAGGCAAGAUAGGGAAGAGUGCCCUGAAGGGUCACAGCAGGGGAAGGAGGAGAGGUCAAGGUGGGGGAUAUGGUGGUCACGGAGGGUGGAUGAAGGGCCCCUGAUGGAGAGGCAGGGCUUCAGGCAGAGGUCCCAGACAGACUGGGCUUCCAGACUGGGGCCUUCUUGUUGUGGAGGAGGUGGGAUUUGGACUGGGGAGGAGUGGACAGUACCCUGGGGUCUUGUGACUCAAGUAUUUCCUCUUAGGGAGUAUAGAAGUGUGUGGAGACAGUCAGGUCAGAAUGGGAUUGGGAAUGGGAGGGCCUCUUACAUUUGGCCCUCAGCUGGGCACUCCUUAGGAGGUUGGGUCAGAGCCUGAGCAAGACCCUCCAUGCCCUCUGGGUGAAGGUGGACUCUAGCUCUGGGCAAACUCCUCCAGAGACCUGGGACCUUGGACCCCAGCACACCUGAACGGGCUGUAAGGGUCAGGAGCACCCAUCCUUCCUCACAGUCUGCAAAGGGCGCUUUGGAAAGGAAAACAUCUUAGCUCCACUCCCUCAUACUUGAGUCCAGGAAGCAGAUGAGAAUAGGACACACACGUGCUAAAGGGAACUAGAGGCAUCCGGGCUGGACGCUGGUAGAAAUGCAGGAGGAGCAUUGCUAGCUCUCGUUAGCUGAGCAUUGACCUCGACAGGCGCUGUGACGGAUGGUCGUCCCUACAAGUUAUGGCAUCACUAACGUGGAGAUGAAAAACCAGAGGCUCUGAGUUUAGAUUGCUUUCCCAGCGUCGCACACCUAAUAGGUGGGAGAGCUUACACAAAAGCUGUCUCUCUGAUUUCAAAGCCGAAUGUCUCAACUUCUACACUCUCCACAAUUAUUUUGAAUACUUUAGCGGCCUUUAUUUGGAGUCUGGCCUUACACUUACUGUUGAAUGGGAAAGGCGACCAAGAAAAGAACAGAAUAGAGGAGAAGACUGAUGAGAAUAAGGGUGGGGGGAGCCCUUUGUGACUCUGGGCAAUUCCUCCCUGUUCACUUCUAUACCUGCUUUCCUCACACACACACCAAUCUGCAGGGUUGGCUGAUUCCUCGGUUGGAGAGGUAUUAUAUAAUCAAAUAGGUUCCUCUGCCUCCCAAACCAUGGCAGAACCCCCACCAGCCCUGUCCGCAGCAGUCUCCCUCAGCUUCCCCUAAGCUUCCAUGCCUCUCCCGCUUUCUGUCAGAACUGCACUGUGUGGAAAAGGCCUGGGGGCAUUAGGAGGGGCCCCAGAAGGGCCGACAGACUUAAUUAGAUUGUCAAAGGGCUUGGUCUGUUCUUCCCUGUUUCCAAAAUCUCUUCAUGUAUCUGCCCAUCUUAAAAUGUAAAAUACAUUUAAAAAUCUGGGCUUGGCGCAGUGGCUCAUGCCUGUCAUCCCAGCAUUUUGGGAGGCCGAGGUGGGCGGAUCACUUGUCAGGAGUUCAAGACCAGCCUGGCUAACAGGGCAAAACCCCGUCUCUACUAAAAAUACAAAAAUCAGCCAGGUGUGGUGGUGGGCGCCUGUAAUCCUAGCUACUCGGGAGGCUGAGGAGGUUGCAGUGAGCCGAGGUCACACCACUGCACUCCAGCCUGGGCGACAGAGCAAGACUUAGUCUCAAAAAAAAUAAAACGAAACAAAACAAAACAAAAAAACAACUCACCAAAAAAACAAAACCCUACUAUGUGAAAAAUACAAAUAAAAGGACAAUGCAAAACCCUCGUAUCAUCUAUCACAAAUAAAUUGUCACCAUUUGGUCAUAUGUCUCCCUCUGCCCUGCUAAAGGAUAAGUGUAAGAAACAAAGUUUAAUUGUUGCCUUUUUGGGCGAGUAUAAAACCAGUGAAGUUUUUGUAAAUAACUUUGUAAAGUUGUGUAGUAUAUGCUGUGUCUACUGUUUAAGUCAUUAAAGUGUUCAAAGAACUAAACUAUACUCACUUUUUGAUUGUAAUCUAAAUAAUGUAGGGAUAUUUAUAAUUAAACGAGGAAUUAAUGAGUAGACGCUCAAUUAAAAAAUGCUUUUAGAGAUGGUAUCAGAUGUAUGAGUUUAAUAAAUUGAGCCCAAAACAACACAAAUAGUGGUGAGUAUGGCUUCCCGGUGCAAAAACCCUUUGAACCUGGGAGAGUUUCAACAUAAAGGCUAUGAGGCAGGGGAGAUACAGCAGAGAAGACAUCAGAAAGACCUAAGAGGCGCUAGAAGCAAGGCAGCGACAGGUUACUAGACGCAGGCGCUUCACAACAAGCUGCCUCCUGGGGAGACGGCAGGAGAGCCAAGUGGGCUCAGCCCCAGAUGGCUGAGGGGACACCCAGAGGGUUCCAAGCAGGGGUAGGACAGGCCCGGUAGCAGGGCCUGUGAGUAAGGGCAGAGGGACGGGGAGAUGGCUUCACUUCCGAGGAGCGUUGCGCAGAGAGAGACCGGCACCCCGGCCAUGGUGACCCGGGAGAGUGACACUGUUCAAAGUCACCGGAAGACAUGCGACUGGAAGGGGAACAGGGGAGGAGGGCCCCGCGAACAGCGUGCCUCGCUGGGCCCAGACUCGGGCGAAUCUCAGGUAACCCAUGCGCCCCGUGUUUAUACCCUGCGGCCGUGUGUGGAGCUGGGGGCCACCGCCGAAGCCCACCAGGCAGGGCAGGGGAGGGCAGGGGAGGGCAGGGCAGGGCGCCCGCGGCUGGGGCUCCUCCCUGCACCCCGCCACGGAGGAGGGGUUAGGACGCCCAGCUCCUCUGACCCACCGCCCAGCGGGGCCCCUGGCGCCGCCCCGGAAGGCCCGUUAGGCCCGGAAGCCCCUGGCGGCGGGCGCGGGAGACCACCCCCCACGCAGCCGUUAAAGGGCGUUGAUUUCCCGCCUCACGUCCUCCUUCCGUUAGGGCCGGAUGGCGGGGACUGGUGUUUAUUUAGUAGGGGCCCCCAUGCAGGAGGACGCCCACUGGAGCUCUGGAGGGUGGGACAUCCCCAAACCUAAACUGUUAACUGAGACCUGGAACUGUAGCCGAGUCAUAUAUUAUUCUUCUUUUUUUGAGACGGAGUUUGGUUCUUGUUACCCGGGCUAGAGUGCAGUGGCGCGAUCUCGGCUCACUGCAACCUCCGCCUCCCCGGUUCUAGUGAUUCUCUUGCCUCAGCCUACCGAGUAGCUGGGGUUACAGACAUGCGCCACCACGCCUGGCUAAUUUUUUUGUAUUUUUAUUAGAGACAGGGUUUCACCAUGUGGCCAGGCGAGUCGUAUAUUCUUGUGGUGAUAGUGGCCUUAGGAAACAAACAAACAAACAAACAAAACGCCUUCUUGGAUGACGUAAGGUAGAAGCCGCGGAAGCCUUGUUAAACAGUGCAUCUGGCCUGUGGGGCAGCUUUUGGAUAAACCCCUAGAAAAUAUGAAAACUCUGUCACGGGAAGAAGGGGCUGUACAGUGAAUGUUAAGUUGGGUGAAGUUUACGGUUCCAUCCAUGAAUACUGAGCUUCAGCUGCCAACCUCGCAGGCCACUUUUCUUCAGCUCAAAGCUGAGGAUUUUUAAGCAGAUUUUCUGACAACCAGAGGGGAGCAGACAUGCUUCCUGCUCUUUAAGCGACUCCCUGGGAUCCUAGUCAUCCAUCUAGUGAAGUCAAGAACCCAUUAGAAUUCCACCGACCCAGCCUUUUUGUGCCCAAGUGACAGAUUCUGCCAAGUCAGACAAGCCUAGGGGCUUCUACCACACACGACGUAACUAUUUUCUUUCUGUUCCUUUCUUUUCCCUAUCAAAGUCCUCUCAGGCUCUCAUAAUGAUAUAAACAUGGGUGUUACCAUCCUGCAUGAGACAGGAAAGACAAUUCUUGAAAUGACUUUUAAGUCACUUUGAUGUCAUUAGAGAAGUCAUUUAACAAGUGUGUUAUUAAGUUUAAAAAAUUAAAAGACUAUGGCCUUUGGUGACUUCCCUCCCUGGUGGGGCACUAUACUUUGCUCUCUAGCUGUUGCAGCCUUUUUCUGGCUUGCAGGUUAAGUUGGGUGUGUGAGCUGCGCAAAAGCUCUGUAGUUGGUUAAUGAGAGCAAACGCUGUGGGCCUGACUUGGAACUGCAUCUGGAUGUGGACUCCCCCAAGUUGCUGGGCAUUGUGGGAUGGGAGGAAGGUGUUUUUCCUGAGACCAGAACUAGGAAAGUGAGAAAGUUUCCUGGUAACAGGGAACCUGAACGAAGGACUACCUUUAAAAUUUUGGGGAAGGGCGAGGGUUUGUUCUUAAAACCCAUUUUUAGGAUAGGUUAAACCUAUAUACAAAUAGCAGCAUUCUUGGUGGCAGUAAUUAGAGAAGAUUCAUCACAGUGGUUGGGAACAUAAAGGAAACGAGAGUGGGGAUGGGCAAGCCUGGGAUUAGAAAAAAUAUGACCUCUUCCUUUCUCCUGAAUUAGUGCCUCGUCACUGUAAGCAGUCCUGGAAUUCAGGAACGAUGUUACAGAGGUAAUUAAACAGUAGUUCAGGUAUAAUUUUCAAGGCGGUUAAGAAUUUGGGAUUCAGUCUUGCUGUUAUUGAAUCCCAAUUCAGUACGCUUCGGGAAUGUGGGUCUGGUGACUGGUGUCAGAGUAGGAGGAAUCUUGGGACUGAGGGGAAUAGGUGAUAUUCAUUGUUAGGCAGCUGCUCGCUGCAAAUGGCCUCUUCAUGGUUAGACCCUUUUCCAAAUGUCAGGACGCUAGACACGUAAUGUCGAUUAUACAGGAAAGUCGUGUUUGGUGAUUUGCUUCUUUGAUCUCUCAGCUCUCCCCUCCAUUUUAACAUCACCAAAAUGCCUGAAUUUAGGAUGUGCUAUUUGUCCCCACACCCUGAAAUCCUGUGCUCUGUGCUGCUGGACUAAGUGGUAAAGAGUGUUGGAUUCUAGUGGGAACCUGAGGUUGAACUCUCUCAAGUAUCCUACAUGUUGUCCUUUCCUCCAAUUGAGAGAGAAUCUGAGGAGACCAACAAACUUUUGACCUCAGAUCAGAGGUGGAAAGGGAGCUUGCAGAGGUAUCAGUUCUGUGGGAGGUUGGAUUAUGACCAGAAAAUUAGAUAGUGACAUGAGGAGUGUGGCAGUGGUGUUAAGAACUUUUCUCCUUGGGGUGCUAGUUGAGAGCCUUUGCUGUCACUCAGUAUAGGGCCCGGAGCUGCCCUUUUGGAGUGACGUGCUGAAAGAUGGAGCCCCAGUUGGCCCCGUCCUGGGUGAGGAUAUAGACCCGUGAAAAUGUCGGUUCCUAGGUUGAUGGUAAUUGGAAGAGCUUUUUGGGUGACUCUGAAGAAGGCUGUUGGGCUAAGGGUAAAAGACCAGCUGUCACAUACAGGCUAAGGGAUUCAGGACUCUCUUGAGACUUCUCUUUGGGUGGUAACUGGGAUGGUGUUACAGGUGUUGGACAGAAGUCUGAAGUGAGUCAGGGAUGGGAGGCUUCCUUUGUGCUCUGUGGCACAAUCACAGGCACAGUGGGAGGGACAAUGUUACCACCCCUCCUCUCCCUGAAGUGCCUUGUAUACAGCUGUGGGCUGUCCAACUGCAACUCACCUUGGGCUUUCUCAGCCCUCAUGCUAUGUAGAAAAGGGAGAAAAUGUCGUUGUGAGAGAUUUGGAAAAUACAUAACACAAAAAAGAAACACUCUUAUCCCCAAAUAAUGAAAAGAAACUGAAGGAAAAAAAUUGUCUCAUUUAUGAGUUGCUUUAGUCCAGGAAGCCUGAGGUCCGCAGAAUAAAUACCCAUGUAGAGAAUAUAUCAGUGUUUAGGUGUAGGUUAAGGGUCUUUGCCGAGGCUGGGGAUGGGACAGAACACAAAGCUUCUAGGUUUUUACCCCUUGACGAGAAAGCCUUUCUGGGGGAAGUGCUAUUGUGCAGGUUUAAAAAAAACUUUUGUGCAAAUUACAAAAGAGUUAUCAGAAUGUGGGCUUCUGAGGGAGUCAGUCAGGUUUGUUAUAUAUAUAUAUAUAUAUAGAUAGAUAGAUAUAGAUAGAUAGAUAGAUAGAUAGAUAGAUUGAUUGAUUGAUUUGGGGCUGUAAAGCAGGCAUUGAAAAAUAGCUGUGAGUUUCCAGAGUUUAAGGGGAACAAGGUUGGUAGUUGAGUAUUGGGUCCGGGAACCCUUUCCUGCAUGGUUGAAGGAAUUUGCUCUUGUUGAUGCUAACUGGAAGAGGGGAGCUUAAGGUUGCCUGACCAGAGCCCAAAAGAAACUGGAACUAAGGUACUGGCUGGAUAGGCCAGCCAUAGACACAUUUGUGUCUGUCCCAUAGAUGCAAAGCCAGGUGAAGGAUACUGGUUCUAUUACUCUCAUUUCCCCAGACAUUUUGAGGAAUGUUUGGUGUAUGUGGUCCUGUAAUGAGGGACAAUGCUUUAAGUUGGAUAGCUGUCUUUACAAAACAACAGCAUUGCUGUAUUUUUCUCACUUGCUAUGGGCCAAUGAAAUCUUUCACUUAAUUGCCACAGUCCUGGAACAGCAUUUAAUUUCUACUGAUCUAGCCCAGCUCUAUGGCCCAAAAAACCAUGGCAUAAUGUCAUGGAGCUUCCCCAUCUUUCUUUGAGCAGAUGGCCAAAGGAAGGGUUUUAGGGUACCAAGAUUAUGGCCUGAAACUUUGUGGAGAUUCUGAAAUCUCUGCUUUACGGAUUGAUUAGGGUUUCUCACCCUGCUUUUCCCUUCUGGAGGGUAUUUUUCCGUGGCCAUUUUGCAAAUUUCCCGGCAUCUUACUCUUUCAAAAAGCUUGGAAGUUUUCUGGCUCUGAUAUUUUCCCUUUGGUCUAUGUUCUGCCUUUUUCUUAGGUGUUUUUGUCUCUCCUCCCAACUAUUAGGUUGGUGCAAAAGUAAUUUUGGGUUCAGACCUUGAAUUUUAAAUCAUAACUAGGCUCAAACACAUCUUUAUUAAUCAAAAUUGGAACCAUUACCAUCAACACAUUUUUGCCAACAAGACCAAGUUUAUUCCUGUAGUGUAAAAAUCCACGCUUACAGAUUUGAGGAACUCUCAGAAAGCAUUUUCUGCAUACUGCUGGUUGUCGAAGUGUUUUCCCUGCAAAAAGUUGUCGAUGCUUGAGGAAGUGGUAGUCAGCUGGUGGUAGGUCAGGUGAAUAUGGCAGAUGAAGCAAUGCUUUGUAGCCCAAUUCAUUCAAACUUUGAAGCGUUGGUUGUGUGACAUGUGGUCAGGCGUUGUUGUGGAGAAGAAUUGGGCCCUUUCUGUUGACAACUGCUGACUGCAGGCGUUGCAGUUUCCUAUGCAUCUCAUCGAUUUGCUGAGCAUACUUCUCAGAUGUAAUGGUUUCACCAGGAUUCAGAAAGCUGUAGUGGAUCAGACCAGCAGCAGACCGCCAGUGACCAUGACCAUGACCUUUUUUUUUUUUUUUUUUGGUGCAAGUUUGGCUUUGGGAAGUGCUUUGAAGCUUCUCAGUCCAGCCACUGAGCUGGUCUUCACCAGCUGUUGUAUAAAAUCCACUUUCCUUUAUUUUUCUUUUUUUAAAUUUAUUUUUAUUUAUUUUUAUUUUUAUUUAUUUAUUUUUGUUUUUUAUUGAUCAUUCUUGGGUGUUUCUCGCAGAGGGGGAUUUGGUAGUGUCAUAGGACAAUCGUGGAGGGAAGGUCAGCAGAUAAACAAGUGAACACAGGUCUCUGGUUUUCCUAGGCAGAGGACCCGGCGGCCUUCCGCAGUGUUUGUGUCCCUGGGUACUUGAGAUUAGGGAGUGGUGAUGACUCUUAACGAGCAUGCUGCCUUCAAGCAUCUGUUUAACAAAGCACAUCUUGCACCGCCCUUAAUCCAUUUAACCCUGAGUGGACACAGCACAUAUUUCAGAAAACACUGCGUUGGGGGUAAGGUCAUAGAUCAACAGCAUCCCAAGGCAGAAGAAUUUUUCUUAGUACAGAACAAAAUGGAAUCUUUUAUGUCUACUUCUUUCUACACAGACACAGCAACAAUCUGAUUUCUGUAUCUUUUCCCCACAUUUCCCCCUUUUCUAUUCGACAAAACCGCCAUCGUCAUCAUGGCCCAUUCUCAAUGAGCUGUUGGGUACACCUCCCAGACGGGGUGGCGGCGGGGCAGAGGGGCUCCUCACUUACCAGAAGGGGCAGCCGGGCAGAGAUGCCCCCCACCUCCCGGACGGGGCGGCGGCUGGGCAGAGGCGCCCCCCACCUCCCUCCCGGACGGACUUAUAAGUUUGGCAUGCUUCUGGGGUUUUGUUUCUCCCCUCUCUUGAUUUUUCCUUGGGGUGGGCUGUCCACAUGGGCAGUGGCUUGUCAGCACCUGGGAAGGGCCACAUGCGCAGUGUGUUUACUGAAAUUGUGCACAUGCUCAUUCGAGGCAUUUUUCCUUUACCAUUUGAGUGUUCCUAGAGGAAGGUCAUAUACCAGUUAAACUCUGCCAUUUUUCCUCUUAGUGAGCAUGUUUGAGCCCACUUUCCCAACUUCUGCAAUCGUAUCAGGAAGCUGCUGAUCACCAGCUUCAGGUAUCUUCUGUCUGUUGGGAGACUGCUUCUCCCGGCACUGGCUGUGACUAAUUAUUAUUUUAGAGAGACAUUGGUCUCUAAUAAUUUCAGACAAUGGUACCCUGACAUUCCUGGGUGUGAGGGGCCUUUCCUGCCCUAUUCAUGUUUGCCUAGCUACCCACUGUAACAAUAUCUCUAUUUGCAUAAGCCUCGUAACUGGGAACAACUAUACCCAGAAGUCUCUGUCAACAGGUAUCUUGAUAUCCCCUCUGUAAUUCUCUUUUCAUUCUGGUGGAGGCAGGAACUUUUCCAUCGUGGGGACGGAUGGAAAAAGAGACAGAUAAUGGCCCGGGAGGCAAAGUACUUCAAUUUUCUAGCUGUUUAGGCACCUGUGUGCCCAUCCUUGCGCUGGAUGCUCUGAACUAAUUCUAUGCCUUGAAAAUGACCCUUGUGACCAGGCAUGGUGGAUCACGCCCUGUAAUCCUGGCACUUUGGGAGGCUGAGGAGGAGGAUCACUGAAACCUAGGAGUUAGAGACCAGCCUGGAAAACAUAGCAUAGUGAGACUCUGUCUCUACAAAAAAAAAAAUUUUUUUUUUAAAAUUAGCUAGGCAAGGUGGCACAUGCCUGCAGCCCUAGCUACUCAGAAAGCUGAGGCUCCUAGGAGUAUCACUUGAGCCCAGGAGGUUGAGGCUGCAGUGAGCCAUGAUUGUGCCACUGCACUCCAGCCUGAGUGACAGAGUCCAGCCUGGGUAACAGAGUGAGACCCUGUCUCAUAAAAAAAAAAAAUUUAAGAAAGGCCAAGUAUGAUGCCGAAUGAUCCAAAAUGAGGGUGAUUUGCAGGCUCUGUCAAAUCAUCUCUAGUCUUCAGAAUAUCAUGAUUCAGGCUGUCUUGGAAAGAAGUAAAACAAUGAGAGAUAACAUUAGUGAUUUGACAAUCAAAAGAGAAUUUUUGCAUCACAAUGAAAAAAAAGGAAUUUCGCUAAGGAACCAACUAAAACAUCAUGAAUAAAAUUACAACCCAGUUCUUCUUUAGAGACUUAUUGUAGCCAAGAAAUAAUUCAGGAGUUAGCCCAAAUUCUAGUCAAAUAAUAAAGCUUAAAAACAAAGGUCAGAGCUGGAAUCUAGUAUAAACAGGUGUGGUACAGUUUUCCUUUGAAACAUAACUUUUAUCUCUCUGUAGUCCCCCUUUUCUACUACAGAGAAAGUAUAGUAAGAUUGAUCUGUGUGCAAAAUUAGUUUUAGCCUUAUUGUACUUCACCUGAUUAUUUGCACAAAGUGCAGCAAGAAUUGUUUGGCCAUAUAGGCUUUGCUGGAACUUUACCUGAAAAUUUGUUAGUCUAAUCAAAGCCUUGGUAAAAUAACCAAUGUCUCCAAUUGUGCCCUGUUUAAAAAAAAACAGAUUCUUAUCCAUCAUAUGCAAAUAUAACUAUACCGCCAUAAAAUAAGAAUACUCAUGAAUAGUUUCCAAAUUUUAGAGAACUCAGGUAGAGAGAAAGGUAAAUUUGGGUCACAAAAGUAUACUUUAGAAUCAGAGUUGCUGCCUUCCAAACAAGGAUGUUUGUUCACUGUUGGGAGAAAAGCUGAGUGUUUGGAGAGAAGCUGAGGUGGGCUUGGAACAUGUCCAGCGUCCAGGUAAAACCCCUCGUGGCCUUUGGAAUGUGUCCAGACUUGCUGGCUCCUUGCUUCUAGCACUCCCAUUAUCUCAAGUAGACAUAUGUUUCAAAGAAAAUGCUAAGUUGUCACAGAUGUAGCUCAUUCACUUGAUACACUGCUUCCUUUCAACCCCCACAUCCUCACCACCUGUUUCUUUGUUUGAUCACCAAUAAACAGCGUGGGCUCCCAGAGCUUGGGGCCUUUGCAGCCUCCAUAUUAGCAUUGGCCCCCUGGUCCCCCUUUCUCUGUUAAUUUGUCUUUUCUCAUUCAUUUGACUCUGCUGGACUUCAUAGCCCCCAUGGCCUGGUGUUGGGUCCGAUCACCCCAACGUUCAUGGCACCCAAUGUGGGGCAAAGAAGACCCCAGUGAAGGAACACUAGAGUGUGUGAAAGUGUAGGAUGCAUCAUCAGAGGACACCCGAGGAUGACUGAAAGAAGCUCUGUGGGAAAGCUGUGUGCUCGGAAGAACCAGGCGAACAAGAGGACAAAGUGAAAGCAAACAUUCUGCUUAUUUGAAUUUGUUUAUUUAUUUAUUUAUUUAUUCAUUUUUUGAGACGGAGCCUUGCUCUGUUGCUCAGGCUGGAGUGCAGUGGUGUGAUCUCGGCUCACUGCAAGCUCCACCUCCUGGGUUCACACCAUUCUCCUGCCUCAGCCUCCCAAGUAGCUGGGACUACAGGUGCCCACCACCACACCCAGCUAAUUUUUUGGUAUUUUUAGUAGUGAUGGGGUUUCACCAUGUUAGCCAGGAUGGUCUCGAUCUCCUGACCUCAUGAUCCACCCGCCUCAGCCUCCCAAAAUGCUGGGAUUACAGGCAUGAGCCACUGCGACCAGCCAGCUUAUUCUUAAGGCAUUUAUUACAAAGAGGGAGAGUGAAAGUUAGUACUCAGAAUUUAUUACUCUUUAGUACAGUAAAGCAGUUUUGCCCAUGGUUUCCAGAACAGGGGACUAUGGAGUUGGAUCAAUGGGAGAGAAUGGGAAGAGAUUUUAAAAAGGCAUAUAAAGAUGGAGUAAAAAUUCCAGUUCCCGUUUGGUCAAUGUGGGCACUAAUAAAGGCAGCUCUUGAGCCAUUCAAACAGAUAAUGAGGAAGAUUUAGAUAAGGAAGAGGAGGACGAGUGUAAAAAACUAACUUCAGAUUCUGAGUGUGAGGAACAGCUACUGGAGGAGAUUAGAGAAAAGAAAGGAAAGCUACAGUAUGUUUUACUAGCCUGUCAGCUCCACCGGCUGAAUUAAGUGAAUGGCCACCUCCUCUCUCUCCCCUGAAUGGGUGAGAAAAUGAAUUAGGUGAAAAACUUACUGCUCCUGUAGUUGCAACAUUAAAACCUGGAGCAAUUGGUGGUGCUAUACAAAAUUCUAUUCAAAAAACCAGAUAGAGCCAAGGGAGACCUUGAAGCAUGGCAAUUUCCAGUUACUAUAACCCAGCAAGAAGGACAGAAUAUAGCUAAUUAGGCCAACUUUCCUUUUAAGUUACCAAAGGAAUUCAAGCAAGCCAUUAGUCAUUACGGCCUGAACUCUCCUUUUGUGCAAACUUUGUUAAAAAAUGUGGCUCUUGGUAAUAGGUUAAUACCAUAUGAUUGGGAUACUUUAACAAAAUCUGUUCUCACUCUGUCUCAGUAUUUACAGUUUAAAACUUGGUGGGCUGAUGAAGCUCAAACUCAGGCAAGGGAAAACACACAAGCACAGCCACCUCUGCCUGUUUCCUUUGAACAGUUAAUGGGAGUUGGCCCUAACUGGGGUCGAUUACAGAAUCAAGCAGUAAUGGAGGAUUUUGCCAUUUUUCAGCUGCACUCCGUGUGCUUACAGGCAUGGGAAAGGAUAAAUGCUACAGGGGAAAAUAUCCUUCUUUCAGUUCUGUCUGACAAGGACCUAGAGAACCAUAUAUUGAUUUUAUUGCUUGGCUCCAAGAGGCUGUGUAUAAAGCCAUAACUGAUAAAACAGCUCAGGAUGUUGUAAUACAGCUUCUUGCAUCCCACAAUGUUAAUGCAGAGUGUCAAACUGCUAUUAGACCCCUGAGAGGGAAGGCUCAUUUAGCUGAAUAUAUUAAUAUUAAGGCUUGCGAUGGCAUUGGAGGUAACUUACAUAAGGUUACUCUUUUAGCUCAGGCUAUGGCUGGAUCUAAAGUAGGGAAGAAUAUGCCCCGUUUCUCAGGCUCUUGCUUUAAUUGUGGGCAGUUUGGAUACACAAAAAAGGAAUAUAGAAAAGGAAAUGCUGUCUAGUAAUGGAAAAGCCUCAUUUGCUGGACCUCAACAGCAAGUUUUUCAAACUGACUUUGCUUCUGCUCAAAGGGCUGAAGUUAUGGCUGUGAUAACAGUGUUAAAAACUUUUAAACAGCCAGUAAACAUUGUUUCUGAUUCAGCCUAUGCAGUGCAAGCCACACAAAAUAUUGAAUGUGCCUUAAUUCGAAGUAUGACUGAUGAACAACUUAAUCUUUUAUUUCAUUCUUUACAGCAAACAGUACAACAAAGGCAUUCCCCUCUCUAUAUCACUCAUCUGAGAGCACAUACUAACCUCCCUGGCCCUUUAACUAAACUUAAUCAAAGGGCGGAUGCAUUGGUGUCUGCAGUCUUUGCUGAUGCACAAAUGUUCCAUUCUUUAACCUACCUUAAUGCCGCAGGCCUUAGAAAAAGAUGUGGUCUAUCAUGGAAACAAGCUAAAGAAAUUGUACAGCAGGGUGCGGUGGCUCCUGCCUGUAAUCCCAGGACUUUGGGAGGCCGAGGCGGGUGGAUCACGAGGUCAGGAGAUCGAGACCAUCCCGGCUAACACAGUGAAACCUCGUCUCUACUAAAAAAUACAAAAAAUUAGCCGGGCGUAGUGGCAGGCGCCUGUACCCCAGCUACUCUGGAGGCUGAGGCAGGAGAAUGGUGUGAACCCAGGAGGUGGAGCUUGCAGUGAGCCGAGAUCACGCCACUUCACUCCAGCCUGGGCAACAGAGCAAGACUCUGCCUCAAAAGAAAAAAAAAAUGAAAUUGUACAACCCUGUUCUGCCUGCCAAGUCCUGCAUCUGCCACCUCAAGGAAUGGGAGUUAACCCUAGAGGUUUAUCUCCAAAUUCCAUCUGGCAGAUGGAUGUAACACAUAUUCUUGCUUUUGGAAAAUUGUCCUUUGUUCAUGUUUCAGUAGAUAACCUAUUCACAUUUUAUCUGGGCCACAUGUCAAACAGGGGAAGCUAUAGCUCAUGUUAAAAGACAUCUUUUAUCUUGCUUUUCAGUUAUGGGAAUCCCAGAAAAAAUCAAAACUGAUAACAGCCCAGGAUACUAUAGUAAAGCCAUGGCUACAUAUUUUCAACAAUGGAAUAUUACCCAUACUACAGGUAUUCCAUAUAACUCGCAAGGACAGGCAAUGGUGGAAAGAGCUAAUCAUACUUUAAAAACUCAAAUACAAAAUCAAAAAGGAGGGGACUGGAAUGUAAGACACAGCAUAUGCAACUGCAUUUAGCUUUAUUAACAUUAAAUUUUUUAAAUUUACAAUAAGAUUAACACAUGACUGCAGCUGAACAACACCUGACAGGACAAAAGGAAAAUAAAAAGGCUGGACAAGAUAUAUGGUGGAGGGAUGCGCAUACAGUUGGGAAAAAGGAAAGAUAAUUAUAUGAGGAAGAGGAUUUGCUUGUGUCUCUCCAGGUGACAAUCAGGUAUCUGUGUGGGUGCCCACCAAAUAUCUGAAGAUCUAUCACGAACCACAGCGUCUAGUGGACCCACCUGUAAAUUGAAGGUUUAAGGAUUGCUUUUUUGCUAUACUAUUGUACAAGAAGGACAAGCCUCGGUUUGCUUUCUCUAUGCCUUCUGUUAAUCAGAAAAAGCCUGUUUCUCGCUAUCAAUGGUAAGUUUUACCCUGCGGUAAUUAACCAAAGAGGUAGAAGCUGAGUUUCAAAUGCUUCAGCAAUAAUAAUAAUAAUAAAAAAGGCCUUUGCUUCUGUUUUGCUAGAUUUACUAAUGUGGGGUGAGGGUAUGCUUGUGUUUUUGCAGGAGAUGAACACCGUGUGGGUGCCCUCAAGAUGUGUACAACCAUGGAGCAGGAGAUGAGGGGGACCCAUGGAUCCAAACCAUGGACUGGUUUCCCCCAGUAUGAGCCAUGAGCCAGUUGAAUCUGAAUGUGAAUGUGGAACGAGGACCAACCAGAGUCAUGCUGACAUCAACCCCUAUAACAUGGGGUUAGAUCAAGAAAACCACACAGGAAGCUGAGAAACUGCUGAAGCACCAGGGUUUUACCUUUUGCUGGGAUUCAGAGGUACAACGAAUGCUUAAUAGACCAAUGCUUUCUGACUGAACUCCUCUCUACCCUGAAUACAAGAGACCCUAAUAGUUAGGCAGGAAUAUCAUUGCCCCUAUUCAGCAUGAAGAAGUUACAGAAGAUGGACCUUCAUCCUUCUGCAACCCUUAGAAUUAAGGGUCCUCUUGUAAAAGGGAAGGGGGAAACAUGUAAGAAGCAUUCAAACCAGAGCGACUCCAUUUUGAAUAAGGGCUAAGAACAAUGAAGCUGGAUCACCAACCAGCAAUUAAGGGCUGCACAGCCUGCAAUUGCCUUGCUCAAUUAAUUUAAAAACAAAAAGAGGACCUUUUGGAUUCGAACUUGUGUUAUGUUACUCUUAAAUGCCAUCUGGAGGGCAGAGAUGAAAAUCUCAUCCUAAAGAUUGUAAAACUAAAAGAGCAGGUUUUUGAAGCCUCUCAGGCUCACUUAGCCCUGCUCCCUGGAAAUGAUACUUUGAACAAGACAGCCAAUGGGUUGUCUACAAUCAAUCCUCUUAAAUGGAUUAAGGCCAUUGGAAGCUCUACACUUGCAGAUUUUAUUCUAAUAAUUAUGUGCUUGUGCUGUCUUCUUUUAGUCUGCAGAUGCAGAAGCCACUGCUGGAGAGAAAGCCGCCAUUGAGAACAAGCAAUGAUAGCUGUGGCAGUUUUACAAGAAAGAAAAGGGGGACAUGUUGGGAGAAACACCAAGUGUUGGGAGAGAAGCUGAGGCAGGGCUUGGAACAUGUCCAGGGUCCAAGGUAAAACCCCUCCUGGCCUUUGGAAUGUGUCCAGACUUGCUGGCUCCUUGCUUCUAGCACUCCCAUUAUCUCAAGUAGCCAUAUGUUUCAAAGAAAAAUGCUAAACUGUCACAGCUGUAGCUCAUUCACUUGAUACACCACUUCCCACCUAGCAUGUCCAGUUCAUAUUGCUGGAAGGGCAGAUUUACAUGCCUUCUGUUUUAUAGUACUAGUGUAGCAGGACCAGUCACAGACAAAACCUCUUGGACACUGGUUUUAGGAAGGAAGAGGCUUUAAUCAGCUGGGUGCAUAGGUAGACUCACGUCUCAAGAUCCAAGCUUCCCAAAGUAAAGAUUCAUGUCCCUUUUACAAGGGCUUACAAGUCUAAGGGGUCCAUGUGAAAAGGUCGUGAUACAUUGCACAAGUGGGGGCUAUGUGAUUGAGGGCUACAUGCAUCAGUGAUGGGGGCUCGCAGAACAGAACAGAAAGUUUCACAAGUCUUCCUCAAACAAUGUCUGGAAUCUAUAGAUAACACAAGUGGUUAGGUCAGGAGUUGAUCUUUAACUACCAGACCUGGUUCUUGGUGCCAAGCCGUCUGGCUAUUGAUCUCACUUCUGCUACUUUUUAACUUUUUGCUGCCUUUUUGAAACAGGAGACAAUGGGAGAGGUGGUCUCCUUCCUUACUAGUUAGGGAAAAUAUUCCUCAGUCAGAUACAAUACCCGUUUUCCAUAAGACAUUUAGGUAAAAGAGACACGAGUACUUUACAUAAAGCCUAUUUAAACAUUCCAACCUUCAUAAUCAUAUCAGCCCUUACAUUUUUAUGUUCUGGUCCCAGGAAACUUUUUCUUUUCCACUCCCAGACCAUUUCACCCUCUCUGGUAAAAAAGGAUUUGGGUUCUCAGCAGUGACUUGAGCCAAGGGACCCAGGCUCUUUUGUCAAUCUUGACUAAUUUGCCUCAACAUUUUCCCAGGCAAUUGUUAAUCAGCUUUCUCAUUGUAACCUUUGCCUUCUGAUUGAAGAAAUUUCUCCAAUCUGGGGCAAAUACCAAAAACUAGUUUGGGGAUUUUUAAUUUUGAAGGACCAGCAAGUUCUCCCUUUGGUCUACCCAACCUUCAAUAGUGUUGUAUUAAAACCUUUGUGGUGUAUAUAUAUAUUUCAAUACCUUUUGGAGUACAAGUGGUUUUUGGUCUCUAAGAAGCUCCAAACUUUCCCUCAUUUUCCUUUCUUCUUCUAAGCCAUCCAAAGUCUUUCAACCUGCCACCCAAUUCCAAAGUUUCUUUCAUAUUUUCAGGUAUUUUUAUAGCAGUGCCCCACUCCUUGGUACCAAUUUUCUGUACUAGGCUGUUCUUACAUUUCUAUAAAUAUCAAAGGCUGGGUAAUUUAUAAAGCAAAGGUGUUUAAUUGGCUCAUGGUUCUGUAGGCUUUAUAGGAAGCAUGGUGCUGGCAUCUGUUCAGCUUCUAGGGAGGCCUCAGGAAGCUUGCAAUCAUGGCAGAAGCUGAAGAGGGAGCAAAUGUCACGCACAGUGAUAGCAGGAGCCAUAGAGAGAGGGGGAGGAGGUGCCACACCCUUUUUAAACAACCAGAGCUUGUGAAAACUCACCAUUGCGAGGACAGCACCAAAGGGAUGGCAUUAAACUACUCAUCAGGUAUUCGUUCUCAUGAUCCAAUCACCUUCCACCAGACCCACCUCCAACAUGGGAGAUUACAAUUCAACAUGAAGCUUAAAGGAAACAACAUCCAAACUACAUCAACAUCUUACUUUAUACACCCUGUAUGUAGAAUAUUUUUUCUCUUAUAUCUACUAGUUUUAAUCACAUAUAUUAACUACUAUUCUCUUAGUAACCCUCAUUUCUGUUGAAAAACCUAGGAUUACUUAAUGCUGGGAACAAGCCCUAAGCCUGUCAUAAAUAGGCCUUAAAGAAACUGGCCAUAAACAGGAUUUCUGCAGCAAUGCGACAUGCUCGUGAUGGCUGUGAUGCACAUGGCUAGAAGUUGUUGGUUUACCGGAGCAGGGCAAGGAACGCCUGGCCACCUAAAGUGGGAAACUGCUCAAACCACAAACAAUAGCAGGAGCAGGCUGUGCCUUAACAACAUGUUUUUGCUGCUGAUAAUCAGCCAGAACCUGUUUCUCUACUCCUUGCUAAGAAUGCUUUGUUUCCCGUAAGGAAUGCUUUUAGCUAAUCUAAAACCUAUAGAAACAAUGCUUAUCACUGGCUUGCUGUCAAUAAAUAUGUGGGUCAAACUCUGUUUGUGGCUCUCAGUUCUGAAGGCCGUCAGCCCCCUGAUCCCACUUUGUACUCUAUUUCUGUGUCUUUGUCUUCAAUUCUUUAGCACCGCUGGGUUGGGGUCUCCAUGACUGAGGUGGUCUUGGUAACUUAAUUUAACGUACUGUUGUGGCUUCUUCUCUCCAGUAGUUCAGCAAGUGGGAGGGAGCAGCACCCAGUGGAUUUUUUGCUUCCAUAGUUUGGUGAACAGGAGGGAGUGUUACAGCUCUUUUACUUGCACCAUCUGCAGCUCAGUGAGCCAGCCAGGUGUGUCACAGCUCUUUUGCUCCUCUAAUUCAGUGAGCAGGAGGGAGUGGCACCCUAUGGCUUCUUCUCACCUGUUGUUUUGCAAGCAGGAGGGAGGGUUAUAGCUCUUUUUUACUCCUGCUCCCUGCAGCUUAGCAAGUUCUGGGUUCCAAGAAGAAUAAGGUAUGCAGACACUUGAGAGCAAGUAAGGCAGAGGAGAAUUUUAUUGAGCUACAGAAGGAAAGGUCUCAGCUGUGAGACGUGACCAAGAAAGCAGGUAGCUGUUUAUGAGGCUGAGUCUGUGGUUUUUAUGGGCUUAGAAUGGGGGAAUGCAUGCUGAUUGGUCCACAGGUGGGCUUGGAGAGAGCACCAUUUGGUUAAAAGGCAUCAUCCAGAAGGAACCAAUUGAGAGAAAGUGGGUAAGAUGGGGACAGAAGUUUUCACUCCAGUCGUGGACUCUAUCCAGAACUUGCUGCUCAGUCCUCAUGUUGAAGGUCGAGCCCUACCAGCGACCCAUCCCUGUCUGCCUAGGAAUUUGUCUGUCUCCUGUUGCUAUCAAUAACAUGACUUUAAAAAUUUAAAUACUGAAGAGAAUUUAGAGACUAGUUUUAUUUAACAAAGAUCAUUGAAGUCACAUGAAUUAAUGGCAUUUGAACUAGUUUCUAUUUUCCUGAGAAAAUAUUUCAUUGAAGCACUUAUUUUUCUUUAAGCCAAUUGAUUAGAGCUCUUUCAUAUAACUCGGUAGUGAACUAUAUCUACAUGACACAUAGAAACAUAUAGACAUGGCCAGGCAUGGUGGCUCAUGCCUGUAACCCCAGCACUUUGGGAGCCUGAGGAAGGGAAAUCACCUGAGAUCAGCAGUUUAAGGCCACCCUGACCAAUGUGGAGAAACCCCAUCUCUACUAAAAAAAAAUACAAAACUAGCCAGGCGUGGAAGCGCAUUCCUGUAAUCCCAGCUACGCAGGAGGCUGAGCCAAGAGAAUCGCUUGUACCCGGGAUGUGGAGGUUAUGGUGAGCUAAGAUUGCGCCAUAGCACUCCAGCCUGGGCAACAAGAGUGAAACUCCGUCUCAAACAAACAAAAAAACAGACAUACAAACACGGACAGAAGCACACCUUAUACAUUUAUAAUGUGUCCAGGAUUGCUGGGGUCUCAGUCUCACUAACAUUGAGAAUGAAGCCGGGGACCCUCGUGGUGAGUGUUACAGUUCUUAAAAGACGGUGUGUCCAGAGUUUGUUCCUUCAGAGGUUCAGAUACGUCUGAAGUUUCUUCUGGUGGGUUUGUGGUCUCGCUGACUGCAGGAGUGAAACUGCAGACCUUCGCGGGUCGCGUGGAGUGUUACAGCUCUUAAAGGUGGCACAUCCAGAGUUGUUCGUUCCUUCUGGUGGAUUCGUGGUCUCACUGGCCUCAAGAGUGAAGUUGCAGACUUUCACAUUGAGUGUUACAGCUCUUAAAGGCACUGGGGACAGAAAGAAUGAGCAGCAGCAAAAUUUAUUGCCAAGAGUCAACGAACAAAGCCUCCACAAAGUGGAAGAGCACUGGAGCCCAUUGCCACUGCUUGCUGGGGUGGCCUGCUUUUAUUCCCUUAUCUGGCCCCACCCACAUCCUGCUGAUUGGUCCAUUUUACAGGGAGCUGAUUGGUCCCUUUUGCAGAGUCCUGAUUGGUCCGUUUUGACAGAGUGCUGAUUGGUGCAUUUACAAAUCUUUAGCUAGACAGAGAGCACUGAUUGGUGCAUUUACAAUCCUUUAGCUAGACAGAAAAGUUCUCCAAGUUGCAGGGAUGCAGAAGCCCAGCCGGCUUUGCCUCUGAAUGGCAUUCGCCCCGGUACUUUUCUUGGCACCUAGCCUGGGCUCUCCCGCAGUCCAGAGUGAGCUCAUCACCGAUCAAGACAAGCAGGUGCCAGCCAGGGCGCAAAGUGCGGGCCCGCCCAGCCCACGCCCACCAGGAACCUGCCCCGGCCGGGGAGCACCACGUGCAGCCCCGGCUCCCGCUGGCGCCUCUCCCUCCACACCUUCCCACGAGCAGAGGGAGCCAGCUCCUGCAUAGGCCAGCCCCAGAGAGGGGCCCAUACAGCAUAGUGGCAGGCUGAAGGGCUCCUCCAGCACGGCCAGAGUGGAUGCCGAGGCAGAGAAGGUGCCAAGAGCUAGCAAGCGCUGCUAGCACGUUGUCACCUCUCAAUAAGAUUCUGCAUUUGCAGUUUUCAAAGCUUCUCCCCUACUUUAAAGACUAUUAAUAACUUGAAUACCUGUUACAUACCGUAAACAACUGUUAGCUAUACCACUGUAAAUUUGCAUCUCCAAAGACAUGAGUUAGGUGAAACCGGUAGAAAAGGUAUGUCUCAAAGGCACAAACGUAGGUCUAAACAAAGAUAAGAUUUAUUAUAUAAAUUUUAGGUCGUUGUCUUCCCCAUAGUUAAAGUGCCUAGUGGUUUAGGUGCAGAGACAGAGAUGCCCUUACAAAUGGAAGUUUCCUUUAAAGAUAUAAAUUUCUUUUUACAAAGAGUUUCACAAGACUAAUUUAGUUUGAUAGGUGUUUUUUGUUUUUGUUUUUUAAACUUAGCUUGUCACUUAAUUCUAGAGCCAGAUUACUGGCUUUAGGGUAGAGCCCUUUAAGAAACAGGGCCAAUGGGUGCAGUGACUCACACUGUCAUCUUAGGACUUUGAAAGGCCGAGGUGGGAGGAUUGCUUGAGGCCAAGAGUUUGAGACUGGCCUGGGCAACAUAAUGAGAUCCCAUUUUACAAAAAUCAAAAGAAAGUAAGCAGUUUUUAGGACUAAACCAUGCUUUUCUUAUCCAAACACAAAGAACCAAGUAGUCCCCUGUAAUAAUAACUAUUUCCUGUAAACAACACUGCUGUUAGCCAUCUAACACUAUAAACAGUUGCUCAUAACUUCUAGCCAUCACACACACCAAGGUCUAGUCCUCUCACCAAGUACCAAGUAAUCUCUGGUAACCCUAAAAGCCAAAGGGACCAAGUAGUGCAAUACAAAAGAGGACAGUGUUUUAGACCUGAGAGGAACUUUCCCAUGAUUCUUGAAACACCUCAAGGAAAGUAGAAGACCCCCAAACAGGGAGUUAAAAAGGACAAGCGCAUUACAUAGUGAUAAAAGGUUCUACUCAACAAGAAUAUUUAACUGUCUUAAAUACAUGCACACAUCUAACAUUAGAGCACCCAGAUUUAUGAAACAAUUACUCCUAAACCUAAGAAAAUAGCCACACAAUAAUAGUGAAGGAUUUCAACACCCCACCCCACUGACAGCAUUAGAUAGAUCAUCAAGGUGGAAAACUAACAAAUUCUGGGCUUAAAUUGGACACUUGACCAACUGGACCUAACAGACAACUACAGAAUACUCCACCCAACGACCACAGAAUAUAGAUUCUUCUUAUCUGCACAUGUAACAUACUCUAAGGUCGACCACAGCCUUGGUUAUAAAGCAAGUCUUCAUAAAAAAGAAGUCAAAUUACUUCUCUUCACUGACAUUGUGGCUCUAUGUCUAGAAAACUCUAAAGGUUUCACCAAAAGACUCCUAGUCCUGAUAAAUGACUUCAGGAAAGUCUCAGAAUACAAAAUCAAUGUACAAAAAUUGGUAGCAUUUCUAUACACCAAUAAUGUUCAAGCUGAGGACCAAAUCAAGAAUGCAAUUCCAUUUACAGGAGACACACACAAAAAUACCUAGGAACAUGUCUAACCAAGGAGGUGAAAGAUUUCUACAAGGCGAACUAACUACAAAACACUGAUGAAAAAAAUCAUACAUGACACAAACCAAUGGAAAAAGCAUUCAUUCCAUGCUCAUGGGUUGGAAGAAUCAAUCUCAUUAAAAUGCCCACUUUGCUUAAAACAUUCUACAGAUUCAAUGCAAUUCCUAUCAAACUACCAAUAUCAUUUUUUCACAGAAUUAGAAAAAAAGAUUCUAAAAUUCAUAUAGAACCAAAAAAGAGCCUGAAUAGCUGAACCAAUCCUAAGCAAAAAGAACAAAGCUGGAAGCAUCACAUUACUUGACUUCAAACCAUACUACAAGGCUACAGUAACCAAAACAGCAUGGUUAGUGGCUAGUGGUUCAAAACAGACAAUCAGAACAAAGUAGAAAACCCAGAAAUAAAGCUGCACACCUACAACCAACUAGUCUUUUACAAAAUUGACAAAAAGAAACAAUUGGGAAGGGACAGUCUAUUUACUAAAUGGUGUUGGGAUAGCUGGCUAACCAUAUGCAGAAGAAUAAAACUAAAGAUGGACUAAAGCCUUAAAUGUUAAGACCUCAAACUAUAAAAAUCCUAGAAGAAAACUCUUCUGGAUAUUGGGCUAGGCAAAGAAUUUCUGACUAAGACCUCAGAAACAAAUACAACAAAAAAGACCUCAGAAACAAAUACAACAAAACCAACAAAACAAAAAUUGACAAGUGAGACCUAAUUAAACUAAAGAGCUUCUGCACAGCAGAAGAAACUAUCAACAGAGUAAACAGACAACCUACAGAACGGGAGAAAAUAUUUGCAAUCUAUGCAUCCAACGAAGGACUCAUAUCCAGAAUCUAUAAAUAACUGAACAAGAAAAAACAAAUAACCAGGCUGGGUGUGGUGGCUCACACCUGUAAUUCCAGCAAUUUGGGAGGCUGAGGCAGGGGUAUCACUUGAGGUCAGGAGUUUGAAACAUGCCUGACCAACAUGGCAAAACCCUGUCUCUACUAAAAAUACAAACAAUAAAAAAAAUUAGCCAGACAUGAUGGUGUGUGCUGUAGUCCCAGCUACUUCGAGAUUGUGCCACUGCACUCCAGCCUUGGCGACAGAGCAGGACUCCGUCUCAAAAAACAAACAAACAAAACCAAAUAACCCCAUUUAAAAGUGGGCAAAGAACAUGAACAGACAUUUCUCAAAAGAAGAUAUACAAAUGGCCAGCCAACAUAUAAAGAAAUGCUCAUUGCUAAUCAUCAGAAAAAUGCAAAUAAAAACCACAAUGAGAUAUCCCCUUACACCAGUCAGAAUGGCUAUAAUAAAGUCAAAAAAUCGCAAGUGUUGGUGAGGUUUCCUUCCUGACUGAAAUAUAUGCGUGUUUACCAUCCACCAUUUGGAUAUGUCUUCAUCCUCUUGCCAGACCCAGCUAAUUGGCUAAUUGCAUCCACCUGCACUGUCGGGAGGGAAGAGAGAAUGAUCUCUAAACUACUUUUCUCCCUGGUCUUUUGGUGAACAGGGGAAGCUUAUACACUAUUGGUGGGAAUGUAAGUUAGUUUAGUUCCUGUGGAAAGCAGUUUGGAAAUUUCUUAGAGAACUAAAAAUAGAACUACCAUUCAGCCCAGCAAUCCCAUUACUGGAUAUAUACCUAAAGGAAAAGAAAUCAUUCUACAAAAGACACCUGUACCCAUUAGUUUAUCGCAGCAAUAUUCACAAUAGGAAAGACAUAGAAUCAACCUAAAUGCCCAUCGACAGUGGACUGGAUAAAGGAAAUGUGGUACAUAUGCACCAUGGAAUACCACGCAGCCAUAAAAAGAAUGAAAUGAUGUCCUUUGCAGCAACAUGGAUGCAGCUGGAAGCCAUUAUCCUAAGUGAAUUAUCACAGAAAAAGAAAAUCAAAUACUGCAUUUUCUCAAAAGUGGAAGCUAAACAUUGAGUACACAUGGACAGAAAGAUGGGAACAGCAGACACUGGGGACUUCAAAAGGGGGAAGAGAAGGAGAGGGGAAGGGUUUUAAAAAAUAGGCCGGGCAUGGUGGCUCACGCCUGUAAUCCCAGCACUUUGCAAAGCCGAGGCUGGUGGAUCACCUGAGGUCAGGAGUUUGAGACCAGCUUGGCCAACAUGGUGAAACCCCGUCUCUACUAAAAAUAUGAAAAUUAGCCAGGCGUGGUGGUUGGCACCUGUAAUCCCAGCUACUCGGGAGGCUGAGGCAGGAGAAUUGCUUGAACCUGGGAGGCGGAGGUUGCAGUGAGCUGAGAUCGCACGACUGCACUCCAGCCUGGGCAACAGAGCGAGACUCCGUCUCAAAACAAAAACAAAAACAACCCUACAUAUUAGGUACUAUGCUCACUAAUUGGGUGAUAAGGUCAAUAGAAGCCCAACCCUCAGCAUCAUGCAAUAUAUCCAUGUAACUCAUCUGCACAUGUACACCCUGAAUCUAAACUAAAAGUAAAAAAAUGCCCUGGCCACAUAGCAGAUACGCUGACAUUUCUACCAUCAGACCAAGUGUUUUCGCUGUCAUAUAUUGCAUGUUAAAUCACUGCAGUGAAAUUUUGUUUUUGUGUAAAUAUUUGUGCGUGGAAAGGGUCCAUAGCUUUCACUAGCCUCCUAAAUGGGGUUGAUGAUGCUAAAAAGUUGAAAGCCAGUACUUUAGAGUUGAAAAGUUGGAUUCAAUGAUGGGAAUAGAUUGAUUGCUUCCAAAAGGUUUCUCUUAAUAUGUCUGAAUAGUAAUUGCUGUGCUUCUUUGUGUAGUAAAAUUCUUAAUGUGGCCUGAUAGCUGUACAGAACAUUUGAGAUUGGGACUGAAAAUCUUAGACAUAUGUUCCUUGGUAGCCAUUAGAUUAUCUAAUUGCCAUUAGUGUUAAGGUGAGCAUAAAGCAAAUUAUUAACUGCAUGGCCCUAAGAAAGUCACCUUAUCUCAUGAGAUCUGUUACCUCAUUUAUAAGACAUUUUUAAAAGGAGGAAUGUGACCUUGAAGAUUUCCAAAACUCCUAGUUUGGAUUCUCUAGAAAAGUGAGAUCAAUGCUAGACUUGGAUGGAGCCCUUUUGUGGCAGAAAUGAACCAGGCUUUGCACAGAAGGAAAAAGACAGAGUGUGCAAAUGAGGAAGAGGCCCAGAGGAUCCAAGAAGCCUCUUCCUCCAUAAAUGGGAAACACAAGCCUGCUGUGGCAAAGAGCCAGUGUAAUCAGGGCAGGAUGAGGGCUACUGGGACACUUUUUAACAUCCAGGACUCUGAGGGAACAGAGACUCAACCUUUACUUUUCACCCUGGGACUGACUUGCCAGAACACAAGUUGUCCCUCAGUGAGUGAAUACACCAUCUUCCCUGCACUAAGAACUUCUGAUUCUCAUAGGAGAAAAUGCUUUGGGUCUUCUCACUUCCCACAUCAGCUGGCUUGGCUGUCUCUGGAAAAUGCUGCACUCCAAAUGGCUGAAGGCACAAAGACUGAAAAACUUGGCUCCUUGGUUUAGAAGCAGUUCUGGCUGAAACUUAGUUCUUUGGAAAUACACAAGGCUAGUAGACCUUGAGAACCUGCACCUAGAAGAGGAAUGGAUAUCACCUGAACAUACCUGAAGAAGAGCCCACAACGUGACAUUCAGUUGUCUCCUGCUGGGAAGGGCGUGAAUGUAUUUGUGAUUAAAUGAGGGAGAGGUGGAUUACAUUAAAUGGGGAGACCUUCAAAAUUAGCAAUUUCUGCUAAUGGAGCAGGGGGUACCAGCAUGUGCUGAGCGACCACGAUGUGUACUGGAUGCAUUAAACCUCUCCUGAAGGGUCUGCCCAUCUCUUGAUGUGUGUACUCCAGAGUGAGAGCAUCGUUGUGAUGAAACUGCCUUAGCUUAAGGGACCCACCAUGAGCAAAGUAAUGCCUCCUUCCCCAGGGAAGCUCUCAUCCAAUGAUUAUCAAUAGGGUAUUAUAAUUACUUGCCCCUCUUCUUGCAGUUUGGGACAGUUCUUCAGAGUGAUCUCAGUUCUACAGCUCUUUGGGCACUGGAUUGCAGCUCCUCUUUUCCUUCUGCUUCAUCCUGCUUUCUUCUCUUCACUCCCCCACAUUUGUAUUUCCAAGAACAUGCUCCUGCAAUAACAUUCUGAUGUGCACAUCUCCAACUCAGCGUCUGCUUCCCAGGGAAUCCAAUCUGUGACAAGCACUAAAAUAAACUUAACUUUACUGGUCUGACAA